AUGAAAACUCUCGAUUCACUCAUUUUCCUUUCUAUUUCCUUAUGGAAUCGAUGCGAAGCGCAGAUUACGCUAUUCGAUCUGGUGCAACCGAAUCAAAACACGCGUGCCUUCGACACAUUGUCGGCGGCCGUUUCCGGCGAGUACGAUGCCCGACCAAUGCAGUUUGAUUGGAGUAAUAUGAUCGCUUUCGGUGCGAAACCGAUCUCUAUUCCAACCGUCAAUCAACGGUAUCGCAGUGUCCUCUACGAUGGAGACAUGGUGCUUUCCGAAGAGCAACUGGCUAAAAUCGUUAAUUAUUCGACAAACGGACAUCGAAGCAAACGUGAAGCCUUUUUCGACGAGUUUUACCCGGCGACAAUCUGGGAAAACGGUUUACCCUAUGAGUUGCACGGAUCGCUUUAUGUCUGUUCUCGGAAACUGAACUGCCAACAUGGCGGCUACACGGAUCCGACGAGCUGUGAUGUUUGCAAAUGUCCGGAUGGCUAUGGCGGGAAACUCUGCGACCACGUGGCCACCUCAUUUUCCCCGCAUUGUGGCGGCACGAUUGAGGUCACAGAAAACGUGCGCAAAUUCGAGAUCUCCAUCGUGCAAACGAGUACCGUCCAUAAAGACAAAAUGUGCGUCUACCAUUUGAAAGCUCCACCCGGGAAACGAAUCCUCAUCAAUUUGCUGCGUUUAAGCGGAAAAUGCAUCGAGGGAUGCUACGUGGACGGGAUUGAAACAAAGCUGAAAAAUGAUAAACGACCCGUCGGAUACAGAUUUUGCUGUGCUGAAUCACAAUUGCGGCGACUCGUCUCAGAGAGCAACGAAAUCCCGUUAAUGGUUUAUUCGAGACAAGGAAAAGUGCAAGCGACUUUCGAGUACACCUACAGUAAG